GGCUGAGUCGCGACAGGCCGAUACGGCGAGCACGUCAACCCAAUCCUCACGCCACGCACUCCGACGUCGUCACGUAGAACAAGUACUAAAAUCAUCCCCUUGGCUUUUGACUUUUCACAAGUCGUCUCCCAGCUGAGCCAUGCUAUAUACCUCGUGACGUCCUCUUCUUGCUCACUCGACUGUCUAGAUUCUGAACAUUUGGAUCACCAAACAAAUCUGCCUGUCUCCCGACCAGUGACGGGUAUUUAUUUCUUCUUGCCUACGCAUCUAUUCACACAGCCGUACUCCGCCAUGGGUUCUAUUGACUCCGCGCCAUUCGACGUCAAGAACAUCGCUGUCAUUGGCGCUGGCCCAUGCGGUCUCUCGGCGGCAAAGUACCUUAUCGCGCAGCAGGCCUUCGACUCAGUAGUCGUCUUCGAGCAGAAUCCCGAGGUGGGAGGCGUAUGGUGUUAUAGUCGAGAGCCUACACCAAGCCAACAUGUACCUCAAGUGAGCCCUUUCUGCCCUCCGGACGCCCCGGUCAAGAGUCCAGAUAUCGAUGCGCCCUUGUUCGCCUCGCCGAUGUAUGAGCUCCUCAAUACCAACAUCCCUUGGACCAUCAUGAAGUAUGGUGAUCAAGACUUUCCCCGUGACGGACUGAUCUUCCCAUCCCGCCAGGUCGUGCAGGAGUACCUGGUGCAAUAUUCCCAAGACGUCCGUCACCUCAUCCGCUUUUCAACCCGGGUCAAGAAAGUUUCGCUCCGACGGGAAGGGAGCCAUGACCGAUGGGAAGUCGAGACCGAAAACCUUCUAGACGGCCGGAAUUCAAAGGCCGCCUUCGAUGCUGUCGUGGUGGCCAAUGGACACUACGCAACGCCAUUUAUCCCAGACGUCAAGAACAUUGCAGAGUUCAACACCGUUCAUCCCGGGGUGAUUUCCCAUGCCAAGACUUACCGUGUGCCCGACGACUACGCCGGGAAGAAGGUGUUGGUUGUGGGUAACGGGUCGUCCGGCCUCGACAUCGCCUCCCAAAUCAGCCGGCACAGCAAAAGCCCCCUCCUACUCUCUGUGCAUGAGUCCACCCCAGAUGAGAACUUGGAGCAUGUCCGCGCUGAGGAGGUGCCUGCGAUAGAAGAGUUCCUCGUAAAGGAAAAGGGGGUCAGGUUCACCGAUGGUAGGGUGGAGAAGGACCUGGACGUCAUCUUGUACUGCACGGGAUAUCUCUUCAGCUUCCCCUUCUUGGAAAGCCUGAUACCCGGGCUUGUUUCCAACGGAGCAAGGGUAUACGGCCUAUACAAACACCUAUUCAACAUCGACCACCCCACUUUGGUCUUCCCCGGCCUGCCGAUCAGGGUCGUCCCCUUCCCUGUUUCUGAGGCACACGCUGCAGCGUUCGCGAGAGUCUGGUCGAACUCUUUGGCGUUGCCCUCUGUGGAGGAAAUGUCGCGAUGGGAAGAAGAGGAAGCCAACAGGCACGGCAAAUCUUUCCACGUCUUCCCCAAGCUCGGCGAUGCCGACCUACUUGAUGAGUUCCACGAUUGGGUCAAGAAGUCGAGCAGCAGCAAGGGAAAAACGCCCCCAGUGUGGAACGCCGAGCAGAAGUGGGAACGUGGAAUUUACAUCGAAGCCAAGCUCGCGUUUGAGAAAGGUGGGCGGAAGGCGAAGUCUUUGAAGGAACUUGGGUUCCCAUACGUCCCUGAGAGCGAUGUGAAUAAGCAGGACAUCGUAUAGACAACUAGAUACUUGGUGGCGAUUAGAUCCCAGAUACAUCAUAAUCAUAGAAGAGUAUCUCAUCACACGCCAUCUCAGCCAGACUGUCUCCUCCAUGGCAUCUCGGAUGUCACGAAUUCCUUCCUGACUGCAGAGAAAUGCCCGUGGCAGUCCUCGACUUGGAUGUGGAUGAG